CGUGCGUUCCUGUCAGUGCACAGGGCUGACACGCAAAACAAUUGGAAGCGUGCGCUUCAGUCAGUCUUGUGCAAAGUGGAACUACCUUAACACCGUUUGAAAAAGGAUUUUUUAAAUGAUUAUUGUUGUUAUUUUUAGGCAUAUUUGCUCUAAAUCAGUCUAUCGCCAACUGUAAGGAUAUUUUUCGAGGUGGAUGGUUUACAUUGUUUCUUUAAGGACCGACCAAUGGAUCUCCAGUAUUCAUACGCUUUUAUUGAAAGCUGGGAGUAAAAUUAGCAGGUGAUUUCCAUAGGUGUUGUGACGCGCUGGACAUGGGACCCUGUUGCGGGAUUGAGGGAUACUGUACGGGAGGAACUGUGUCUCCCUGAAGGAAAGCUGGUUUUGUUGGUGACUGGAGCCGAGAAGAUGCGCGCUGGGAAGAUGUGUACCAAACACGGCUUCAUCUUGCUUCUUCUCAAUGGGACAGCGUGUUUGCUGGCUUUGGGACAGGAAGACCAGUCCUCCAGCCACAAGGGGGGCGCCGGCGAGCAGCCCAAGCCGGUGGGCGUCCUGGACGGGCAGGGCCUGUCGCCCCUGGGCCGCUGGAUGCUGCAGACCAGGAGCCGGGCGGCCAACGCCACGGGGCUGGAGCUGCCGUACCGCGCCCCCGCCGCCCCCCUGCCCCUCUCCAAGCAGGACUUCUGGGACAUCCUGGGGAGCGACUCGCGGCCGGACGCCGCCGGCGGUGGGUCGCGGGCCAAGCGUCACCCCAUCGUCAAGACCGGCAAGUUCAAGAAGAUGUUCGGCUGGGGCGACUUCUACUCCAACAUCAAGACGGUGCGGCUCAACCUGCUGAUCACCGGCAAGAUCGUGGACCACGGCAACGGCACCUUCAGCGUGUACUUCCGCCACAACUCCACGGGCCAGGGGAACAUCUCCGUCAGCCUGGUGCCGCCCGUCAAGGCGGUGGAGUUCGACCUGGAGCGCCAGAGCGUGGUCUACCCCAAGGACUCCAAGAUCUUCAACUGCCGCGUGGACUACGAGAAGGUGGACCGCAACAAGAAGACCUCGCUGUGCAACUACGACCCGUCCAAGACCUGCUUCCAGGAGCAGACCCAGAGCCACGUCUCCUGGAUCUGUUCGAAACCCUUCAAGGUCAUCUGCAUCUACAUCUCCUUCUACAGCACGGACUACCGCCUGGUCCAGAAGGUCUGCCCCGACUACAACUACCACAACGAGAUGCCCUACCUGCCCUCGGGGUAGGGGCGGAGACGGGGUGUUGAGGGGGUGGGGGCAGGGGGCACUGGGGGUUCCGGAGGGGGGUAGUCACAGCCCUGGGACCUGUGCUCUAACGCGAGCGAAUCAGCGAGACUGUGUGAGGAAAUACAAUCGCACACAUGAAUCUACCCUAACGGCAGUGGAACAGACAGCAAUAUAUUAAAAUAUUACAGAAAUAAAAUCGGAAUAAUAUUGCGACAAUAUUAUAUUGCCUUCACGAUAUACAGCAAAUAUAAAAAGUGCAGGAAAUAUAGCAAUUAUUGUUCUUUUUUCAGAUACUGAAAGAUUUUUGAAAAAAAUAUUGCAUAAAUAUUGAAAUAUAUAAAUAUAUAAUGCUGGUUUCCACACACACGCACGUACACACACACACACACACACACACACACACACACGUACACACAUUCAUUUCCUGCUCAGCCCAACUAUCAACAGCCAGUUUGGAAUUGUAAAUUGCUUUAGUAUUCCCUGCUCGUAAUUCCCUUGGGUUUAUUGCCUUAUGCUUGCUGUUUAUGAACUAGCAUCGUGCAGGUUUAACAUUCCUAUUGGAGUCUGAACACACUGAAAAUACAGCCAAAUAAAACAUGUCACGAUAUUGCAACACUUCACAAUAUGUGCAUAAAAAAUAGAAAAAUACGAAAAUUGCCACUUUGAAAUGAGAUCACUGCUGUGGAAUCAUACCCCUAUUUUCCAAAAAGUCCAUAUUUAUAAUAUAUUGCAGCAUGUUCCAUUUCUGAGAGGUAGUUUUUCGAAUGUUCGGCUGGAUACAGGUGUCCUGUAGGACACUACACAGGAGAAAUUCCAUAUCUGCUAUUCUAGAAGUGUUCCUUUUUUAUUUUUAUUUUUUUAUUAUUCCCACUAAAGUGAAAUCUCUCCUUUUCAUCUCAGAUACGCAAAAUGAAAAAUGGCUAAAAUUAAGCUGUUCCGCAGCCAUAUUUAGAGAUAGUGGAAAAAUAUUGCAGCCGAAAUGGGCCCCCAUUCAUCUGGGCCCGAGCUCAGGUUCAACAAAGAAUAGCGGAGCGUUUCGGAGCCGAACAAUGGGGACGUUAUUCAUUACGCUCGCCCCUUGCGCACACCUGAAGAGGUUUUGUGGCGAUUUGAAUUAAAAUGGAGGAGGAGAAAGAGCAUUCAUUAGGUUGCAUUCUGCGUCCAUUGUUCUCUUCGUUUUAUGAGCCUCUGCGAUUGCCAGCCUGGAGUCUAUUAAAAAAAUAUCUGAUUUUGUUACCAUCAGAGCUCCCGAUAUGAUAAGGUGAUACAUUUUCUUGUGCAUGGGGAAGGUUCUUUUUCAACCGACUGCUGUAUUUUUAAAUAAAUGCAUUUAAAAAUUUACACACACACACACACACACACACACACACACACACACACGCAUAAUACCUGAUACAUAAUGAGUUGAACUAGGUAACCUCUACUUUGAAAGGAAAAAGCCUUCAGCAAAGAUUUGAUGUAUAUAGCCAAACUGCAUUAUUGUUGCUUGAUGAUGGCAUGGCACCGUGGCCAAUCAAAACACUUCUCUCGGUUUACAUUUCUGCGACAAAUAUCGCUACGCGCCUGAUAAUUUCACAUUUAAAAUAUGAGAGGCGUAACAAUCCGUUUUGUCGGGAACCUCACAGAGCUGACAAAACAACAAGCUCGGAAGCUGGGUUGCUUUCAUUUAUUUAUUAUCGUCAAUUCUUCACGGCUAAAUUGGAGUAAUCGAGCACCGUAACUUCAGCGUUUCCCCCCCAGACGUCUCAUUUAACAUAUUUGCGAUCGGGCGUUUUAAUUAGAUUGUGGAAAAAAUGCACAGUGACAUAAAGCAAGGGAACUUGACUGGUUUAACACAAAUUGGAUCCUUAACGCAGAGGUUAGGGAGCACUUUGGGGUUUUUAUAAAUGCUUGUGUUCAGGCCGGGCCUGCAGGCUCAUAGUUCACCCGCAGUAAGGACAUCCCAUAAAUGUUCGCCUGUGGGGUGGCAUUAAGGCCAGUAUAAAACCGUUGCUUUUAUCAUUUUCUUUUUAGAGAGAGGAAAACAGCGAGAGAAACAAAAUAAAAAUAACCGCGUAUGAAAACCGUAGGAGAUGAGAGAAAGAGUGCUAAUUUACGGUUUUAGGAAAGACUGAUUCCUUAAAGGGCUAUUUUGUUGGCUCGUAACGGCAUAUCCCUGCGUCUGUGAAAACAGCGCGGCUCUCGCCGUCCCGCCGAGACCGUCGUGGAAUUUCAUUAUGACCCUUAUAAAAAAAAAAAAACGAACGCAUCUGCGGAACCGAAGCCGCUUAUUGACGCACGUAAACCCAGUCUUUGUUUCGUACUUUCAAAUGACGUUGGUUUCCACCUUCCCCACGCGCACGUGUGAUCGCCUAGCCGUUCUCGCUUGCAAAUCAUAAAGGCGAAGGCCGAGUGAAUUCCUCUUAGCGCCCGCCGAUGGCCGCCGGUCUGCGUUUCCGGCCGCAGCCAAUCCACGCCCGACGGAGAUUGCGUUAAGGUGCGGUCACGCUACAAUUCACGCUCGCGAAAUCAUUACGGACCCCGCAGCGAACGCUAAAAUAAAUCAUUUAAAAAAAUGUUAGAAUAAGAUAUGUUUACCGUCGAUUCUGGUUUCCCGCUACACGGCGAACCAUGCUGCCUUGUUUGCGUCUUGUGUUCCUUUAAAGUUGAAUUAAAUGAGAUUGAAUGAUGGGACACAGCCAAAAUGAUAGCCUCCUCCGUUUUUUUUUUUUCAGCUUAGGGGUCAACCCGCGACGUCGAGGUCGUCUAAUUGGUCAGCUACGUUUGCGCGAAGCGGAUUCGCAGGUCAAAGUCCGCUAAACCUGAACUCUGGUACGGAGCGAAAUGCGAAAAUCCUUCGCAUUCGGAUACAUAUCUUUCCUCCCGCCUUCCGCACGUGUUUGAAUGGAAGCGAGCGGAACGCGAAAGGCUGGUGUGACCGCACCUUUUACACCCCGCUCACGAGGCACCGCAGAAACGCGCGCAGGCCGGCCUGUAAACCAUUCGUUUCCCCCGCGGUCGGCUAACGGCAUCGACGCUAAUAUCGAUACCAGCACGCUUUCCCUAUCGCAGCGCUGAGAGGCAGCGCUCACACCUGUCCUAACGAAGCGACAGCCGCAGCUGAGAUCUGCGCCUCGAGACGGGCGCGGGCGUUUGGUUCGGCUACGUUAAGGCCGUAAAAAAUAAUCGUAAUUAUAAAAAAUAAAAAAAAACCUCGUGUUCUCUCGACGCGCCGUUGGAACGCGCCGUUCUCGUUUAAAUCAGGGCGCGAGCGGGACCUACAAAUCACAGCCGGCGAGAGAGCGCAGCAGCGAUAACGGCCUUCGUCUUUCUCACAACUUCUUCACGGGCGAGCUGGAGCGCUAAUGGCGGCGUCUGAUCGCAGGGGCGGUUCCAGCGCCCGCGCGCAUCGCGGCCACAUCAGGAGAACGUGUAAAGGCUGGGCUCUCAAACUCCAGUCCUGGAGAGCCGCGGCCUCUCCGGGUUUUUUGCGGUGUCCUUUCGAUCGGCAGCCGAUUUAGGAAACGAGGCGCGCGGACUCCUUAGCCAAUCGGUGACUUGAAUUGGGCGCUUCAAGUGCAGGAACGCGUCAAACACCAGCAGGCGCAGCCGUCGUCCGGGAUUCCAGUUUGAGAUCGCCACUCUGAGCGCGAAGUACAGUCAGCUACACGGCCACACACGGGACAGACGGUUAACUAAGGUCCAGACUUCUCUGUGCUGUUAAAAAUGUGCGUCUGCGCUUUGCGUGGUUGGAUUCGAGACGUAAUGAAUGUUCCCAAACCCUUGGUGUGUGCCCCCCCUCUCCUCCCCCUGCCCCCCCAGGCAAUGCCCCGGUACUGAUAUCCUGCAGAACUGGCCUCUCCGGGGGGCACCCAGACGGGGGUAAAACCGCACCCCGUCCCGCCAGCCAGUCGUAGACGGGACUGCUCUGUAAGAUAUUCAUUCCCCUCCCAGUGACUCCCUCUGACCGAUCCCAUCCGGGCGGAUGACCCGUCUCCAUGGGUACGAACCCUGUGGAGGACCUGAGGUCUGCUGAGACACGGGAGCAACAUUCUCCAUUCUGGAGCAACACCCGAAACCCAGCGGCAAAGCACCUCUGUACCCCCCCUCUCAGGAGCGCCUGACUGGACAAUGAAUUUAAGAGGUGCAUAACCCCUCCCCCCCGCUUACCCCCAACCAAUCGACUUUACCCUGGCCUUGUGGGAGGGGUCAUGCAGUCGCUGCAUCCAUGGCUAACGGACACUUAGCCUUCCUGAGGGCCGGGGCGCAGCUGGUCAACGCAGUGCAAUACUACAAACUUCAGAAUAAACGCCCAAAUAACGUCUGAGUAACGUCAGAAUAACAUCCCCAUCAGCCCCUUGCCCUUGGUUCUAAAUAAAGUUGUAUUUAAAUGUU